AAGGAAUCUCUGCUAAACUCAAACGCCCUUGAGAACUUGGUAAAACUCUGCGUUUACUUUAUUUUACAAUUUUAGUGUAUGAAUCAGUGACACUCUUUAUUCGUCUAGGUCACACUCCGAAUUUCAAUAUCAAGGAUUUACUGUCAAUUAUCGAAUUCCAAAAUCUUGCUUGAAGUCACAAUGGGAGAUGGUCCUCCGACCAAUCCAACUCCGAAAGGGUAUACUCCUGGAUGGAACGACCCACCACUAUUUUCUUACGAUUCUCAAACAGCGCAUUCGAAUGCUCCCCGCAAAACAAACAUCCUCACUAAACGUGUUGCGUUUCCUCUACAACCCUCUGUAGGCAGUGGGAAUCAGAAUAAAGCAGCAAUAGAUCCUACGCAACCUCCUACUUUUAAGUCUAAUCUUCCCCCUCCACCCUGUGGUCUUAGCACAUUGCCUCUGCACCCUGAUAGUACUAAAGUUGGCUCUACAGAAUCAAGUGCUGAUGAGCAUUUUAGUAAGGAAGAGACUCUUACAAAAGUAUUAAGCAAUCUAGAUUCAAUCACCAGUGAACUGUCCUCAAACAAAUCAUAUCUUGAACAUGCCGAUGACAUUCAAAGGAAGCUAGAUUUACUCACAAAAAUGUGGAAUGAGGAUAAACUUCCGAAAGACGUUUAUCAGCGUCUUCUGAAACUCACAGAGGCCUUACUCUCCAAAGAUUCCAAAAAUGCUGAUCACCUACAAGUUGGCCUAAUGGUGGAUCAUGCUUCCUUGUGCAGUUCGUGGAUCUCUGCAAUCCGCCUUUUGAUACGUCUGCGAUCUAAUGAGGAACUUUGAUGUUAUAUCUGGUAAUCAUUCUUGCUACAGCUUUCAGUUUUGUUGUUUUAAAUCUCAUCGUGUCUUUCACCAUCCAAUUUUAUCUUUUGUUCAAUUAUUACGAUUUAUAUGUUUUGUUUUUGUAUUUUACAAUUGUUGCAAAUAUUCUCAAGUUUCUCAUCUUAUUCUCAAAAGGAAGGGAAUGACAUAAGGAGCUUCUUAAUAUUUUUAGAACCAUUUGAUGGAGAUUUUCUUAUUUUAUUUUGCUAUCUCUUAUAUUUUUUUAACUUGCUGAUACUAAUAUUUUCAAAAUCUGCAAUACAUGUGGCAAUGCUGAAAUAUGUUCGUAAGUAAGUACAUCAUAAGUCACCAAUUCCAAGCAUAUGAGUCAGCCUUCUGUCCUUCAAACUAUUGGGAAAACUUGAAAUCUUUAUCAAUUUGUGUAUAUGACAGGAACAUUUGAGUAUCUUCAUAGGGAGAGUAUGGCCGCCUGUGACGCAUUUUUAUACACUCGUUGCGAAAAAUCUGUGGAUAAGGUGCUUUCAUGGCUGUGAAUAAAUAAAUAAGAUGACAGAAGAGUAUUAAUGAAUAAUCAUGAAAACUUAUGAUGUAAGAGCUUUAUGAUAACCUAAAACUCCUAGAUCACUCAUAAAAUGGAACAUUUUUCCUGUACUAAAAAGACUCAAAUUGCCACACCUCCCUAUACAUGUACUCACAGAGGAAGUAUCAGACUCGUGUGGGUUAAAAAGGGAUGAAUUUCAUUAAUUGAGUCUGACGUGCUAGAGUUUUUCACUUGAAGCACUCUCUUCCUCAUAGUCAAGAAACAUUAGACUAAGUAUUCCACGUUAUUAAGAGCUAAAUUUUCGGCUCACUAUACUGCAAAUAUGGUCUAAAAUUGGUUCCAGUCUACAACGGAUGAAAACUAGGUAUUUUUGAAAAUUAAGGAUAUUAUGGGAAGAGUGAGGGGAAAAGUAUCAUCAAGAAAAUAAAUUUAUUUCUAAGAAAAGCUGAAAGACUCGAUUUCUCAACAGCAAAAAAAUUUCUGAAAAACAACAGCAAAAGAGAAUAGUUUGAAAAUUUGAAGGACAGCAGCUUUAAAAGAGUCUUUCUUGUAUUGAGUUAAAAGUGCAAAAUGAAGUAAAAACAAGUAAAUUUUACUGAUAAAAAGCCUCAAAAUGUCAAGCUAUCGUGAUUAAUUCCAACGAGGCCGUCUUGAAGUUACUUAAGAAGCGUGCACAAAGUAUGCUUCAGUGAUUUUCAUAGGAAUGAUACUGAUUCCCUUCAAAAUUAUUAUGAAGGAAAGUUUAGAUUCACAGGCCUACUGCGAUAUCUGUUUGAGUCAGAAAUGCAAUCAAAUAUCUCAAAAAAUUUACAAUCUCGGUAUUAAUCUCAUAUAUUCAUCCUUUGAGUAACUGAAGUUUAUGAAUCAUCAACAUCCUCUUUGGAUAAAGCUCUGCAACAUCCUCGGUGUUUCCAAGCAAUUUCCACCCACUCCAGUAAUUUCUGUCAUAAUAUCAUUACUUCUUGUAGUUAUCAAGGGGGUAGUGUUCACCGUACUUCUUCAAAUGAUCUGCUAAGUAAGCUGACUGCUCCCUAAAGACAGCAACGUAAAAUGAUAACAAAUUAGUAAAUUAUUUUCUAAGCAAUGUUAAACCAUCGAAAUAUGAAUAUCAAAGAUUUUGAUAUCAUAUUAGGACGAAACACAGAAUAUUUAGCAUAUUCCAGAUUAGCUGUGCAGUUACAUUGAAAGCCUGCAAGUUUACUCAACUUCUAUUAGAAAUGAAGAACGUUUAUAUAUUUUUUAUCCCUAGAAAAGUAAGUCUAGGCUCCUUCUUGAAGGUUGUGUGAGGAGAAAUGACUGCAUUCAUUUUUCUCAUUUCUUUCAAAAUUCCUCCUUUUAUAUCAAUUUUGAAUUCUCGAAAGAAAAAUUAGUAUAAUAUUCAUUAUUUGAUUUUUAAGUUUACUUGUAAAUUAUGUGAUACUGAAAUCUUAAAAAUGAAAUUAAAGAGGCGAUUUUUCUCAUUACAAAAACGGCACAUUUUAAA